GAGGCGCCCACUAGCCGCGAGCUGAGACGCCGCGAGCCGGAGGCUGCAAGAUGGACUUUCACAUGUCAGACUCUUCACCGGCGAAUUAACGCUGUGCCUUGUGGAGGUUCUGCAGACACACGAUAAAACCCACCACUCGUUUUCAAGAGGAAGCCGUGCUCCUGGAUUUGUCCGACGGUAUGCAAAUGGAGGUGGUGCACAUGGCAGAAGAAGAGAAGUAAACUGAUUAACUGAUUGAUUGUGUGGUAUUUUAAACCGAAAAAUAAACCAAACAAAUCCAUCUUGAAAAAUCAACCGAGGUUUAGUGGAAUCUUGUCGAGCUCCCUGGACAAUGGCGGCGGUAACGAGCCCGGAAUCGAGCGCUCAGCCCCGGGUCUAUUUCCAGACGCCUCCCGGUACUGAAGAAGAAGUUCCACAGAAGCAGGGACGAGUGACGGUGAAAUAUGACCGCAAGGAGCUGAGGAGGAGGCUGAAUUUGGAGGAGUGGAUAGUUAGCCAGUUAAUGAAUUUAUACGACUGUGAGGAAGAUGAAGUGCCCGAGCUGGAGAUUGAUGUGGACGAGCUGCUGGACCUGCCCAGUGAUGUAGAGAGAGCCAUCAGAGUGAAGAUGCUGCUUGUUGACUGUUACAAACCUAAUGAUGACUUUGUGGCAGCGCUGUUGGAGAAGGUGCGAGGCAUGCAGAAGCUCAACACCCCACAGAAGAAGGGGGACAUAACCCCAUGAACCACCAGUCAGCUCCUCCAACACCACCACCACCACCGUUACCCAGUUCCUCCAACCGUGCACGGUGGAGAAGGACACACAGACCGUACUACUCCACUACAGUGUGUCAAACGGAGACGAGCGAGGAGCUCAGCUCAGCCAAGCCAAUCUCUGCUGCAGGUUAAUCACUCCGACUGUCUUACUUUGUUUCACUACUGUUUCCUUAAUAUAUUAUUCCCAUAGAGUGUGUGCUAGUGUCCCUUUUUAGCUUAAAUGUACUGUAAGGGGCAGGAUGUGUUGUGGAAUGGUUAGUGUUAUUCAGUUUUGAUUCAGCUUAAACACUAAGUGCCAUAGGACAUGGCUUUGUGCAUCUGUAAUUGAGUAGAAAAUUAGGUUACGGCUUUUUCCGUCCAUGUAGAUUUCACCUAAUGUCUUUUGUUUUUUUCUUUCAUAAGUAACGCUUGUUUUAAAAUGGGCUACGGCAGCUAUUAGAGACGACACAGUGAGUGACAUUGUUUUAAAUAAAUGAAGUGUCUUAGGUUAUGAUGUAUUUUGAAGUGAAAUGGGGGAACAAGGAAACCCGGGGCUUUUGCGUGUUUGAGAUUUUCCAUUUAGUAGGAUUUUAGGACAUAACCGAACUGAACACUGAAUCUCCGCUUUGUGCUCUAGGUUGCUUCUGGACGCUUUAAACCAGAAGGCUAUCAAUAUCUAGAUCAACAAAUUCAAUCUGAACUGUAGCAAUACCUUGAGAGUGCAUUUUUGUUACACCGGUUUUUAAACCAGCCUCCAUAUAUGCAGAUCGAACACUACGACUUUAAUGAGACCAGAGUGAAAUGUUUGACAGCAGUAUAUCAGUCAUAGCUCCAAAAAGAAAAAAAAAGGGCAACACUUUUUUUGUACAUAAAAUUUUUAUUCCACUCAACAAUUCAACUUCAAACAUUUUGGACAAUAAGAAGUAAACACAAUCCCUGUUUGCUGGAAUGAAAUACUGUACUGUAUGCACUCUCACAUCCAAGUGUGUGUAGUAAGAUUGUUAAGAAAAUAAAGAAUGGUGCUGAAAACAA